GCUGUUUUGCAGGAGAAGCUUUUAAAGAAAAUGCAGUCUUUAUGGGGAAAAGCUCGUGAAAAUCAGAGAAACCUGAACGUGGAAACCACCAGAAUCAGCCACUGGAAGGAUUAUGUGAAUGUAAGGCUAGAAGCUAUUAGAGCUGAGUAUCAGAAGAUGCCUGCAUUUCAUCAUGAGGAAGAAAAACAGAAUUUGGAGAUGCUGAAAAAGAAGGGGAGAGAUAUUUUUCAUCAACUGCAUUUAAGCAAAGCCAAAAUGGCUCAUAGGAGGGAGAUUUUAAGAGGAACGUAUGAGGAGCUGAUGAAAAUGUGCCAUAAACCAGAUGUGGAGCUACUUCAGGCUUUUGGAGAUAUAAUAUACAGGAGUGAGUGCGUGCUGCUGCACAUGCCCCAGCCUCUGAAUCUAGAGCUCAGGGCGGGGCCCAUCACUGGACUGAGGGACAGGCUCAACCAAUUCCGAGUGGAUAUUACUCUGCAUCAUAAUGAAGCCAACAGUCAUAUCUUUCGAUGUGGAGAUUUGAGAAGCAUUUGUAUUGGAUGUGACCGUCAAAAUGCGCCCCAUAUCACUGCAACACCUCCAAGUUUUCUUGCAUGGGGUGCUCAGACUUUCACCUCCGGCAAAUAUUACUGGGAGGUCCAUGUGGGGGACUCUUGGAAUUGGGCUUUUGGUGUCUGUAAUAAGUACUGGCAAGGGAAGAAUCAGAAUGGCAGUAUAUAUGGAGAGGAGGGACUCUUUAGUCUUGGGUGUGUUAAGAACGACACUCAGUGCAGUCUCUUUACCACCUCCCCAAUUACACUGCAAUAUGUCCCAAGACCUACCAGCCAUGUAGGAUUAUUCCUGGAUUGUGAAGCUAGAACUGUGAGCUUUGUUGAUGUUAAUCAAAGCUCCCCUAUAUACACCAUCCCUAAUUGCUCCUUCUCACCUCCUCUCAGGCCUGUCUUUUGCUGUGUUCACCUCUGACCAGAGACAAAUCAGAAAUGUGUUCAUCUGCUGUGGGAACCCCUUUAUCCCAGAAAGCCCUCUUCCUUGUGCCUUAUCAAACAGGACAAAUAGGUUCUGUUCUAUGUCUUGAAUUGCAUCCUAAUGUUAUUAACACUCAUUUCUUGUGUUACUAUUAAAUGCGGUAAAAACACUAAAA